AUGGAGAGCUUCAAUGCAUCAAGCAGCUCCAGCUCGGUCGAUGACAAGCAAGCGGUAUUUAUUCUCACGGUGGUUAGAGCAGUAUUUGUGACCUUAGUGGCUCUUACUGGAAUCGUAGGAAAUAUCAUCAACAUCAUCGUCAUCCCAAGAGUUCCCGACACGGCUAUGGGUGCUGCAAGCAAGGUCGUCCUUACAGCCCUCUCAAUAGCCGAUCUUAUCGCCGCCGCCAUGCUCCUGAACGGUCCCUUGUCGUUAUUUACUUACGAGUGGCUCUCCAGGGCCGGUAACAUAUACUGCGACAUCACAGGCUUCCUUACGACUCUGGCUCCAGCGACGAGCGCUUCUUUUAUUCUCCUAAUCAACCUGGAUCGCUACAUACAGAUCACCCGACCUUUGACCUAUCAAGUUCUUGUCACAAAAAAGAGAGCCAUUGUCGCAGUCGUAACAGCAGCGUUCUAUAUAUUAACCUUCCUAUCGUUCUUCGUAGGAAUUUCCGAUGAAUCAGUUGACCCUAUCGCUUAUCACUAUGGGUUUUCGUUGUGCCUCGUCUCCUUCUCUGCCCCUGCAUUUUUACUGAGCACUAUCGGAAGCUUCACAGUAAGCGUCUGGCUGGUUGCCGUUCUGCUCCUGGCCAUAUACGCCAGGAUCUUCCAAAUUGCACUCCGCCAUUCGAAAAAGAUUUCUGCGCAGAUGAAUAGCACCGCCCGCCUGAGAGACACAAACGCGACGCAAGGCCACGACGCCGUUGACGGUCAGGACCACGGAAUCGCAAUCGUGGUAGACGUAUUCCACCAGUUAGAUGCCGACAACUUGAACAGUACGGCGCACCGAAAACGGGACCGGGUCCGUAGAGCCAAACGCGAUUAUGACGGGAUUCAGCGAAACAUCCGCAGUCUGCGUAUACCCCUCGUCAUAACCGGAUGUUUCCUUGUGUCUUGGCUGCCUCUUACGGUAAUGUUUACCUUCGCGUCCGCAACCGGAGCCACCUUUGGUAAUAUAACGUGGUGGAUAACGGCCGUCAUGUCGGCCUCCAACUGCAGCAUCAAUAUGUUUGUGUAUGCCUUUGGAAGAAGUGAAUUCAGAAAAGCUUUCCGUAAAAUUUUCUGCAGGACAUCCGUUAAAUAA